CCUCAUGCGACCUUGGCCUUGGCUUCCAGUCCAGACUCCAGUUUUCCCCCACACCCGGUGGAGGUGCAUUAAGAUCUCCCCUCUCUCGAUUCGUUCCUCUCUCUCUCAAAUUGUCGCCGUUUUUAACUACUUCAAUGGGUUGCCAUGUCGGAUGCACACCGUCUACGAUCCGGCCGGGCCUGCUCGGGCUGCAGAAAACGGAAGAGCCGAUGCGAUGGAGCCCGCCCGCAAUGCUCAUAUUGCGCCAAGAGAAACUUUGAAUGCAUCUACGCUUCACCGUCCCGGAGGGAAGGAUAUGUCGCCUCCUUGGAAGGAAAAGUGCGGAGGCUCGAGCGCGAGUUGCGUCGUCAGACGCCGUCCUCCAUCUCUCCGCCAUCGAGCAACGGCAACCUCGGUGCUCACCUCGAUGCUCCUCUGGUUGUCUCCACAGACGUGACCGAGGAGGAGGAGGAAGAGGUGGAAUACGACAGCGACGGAGAGUGGCAAGUCCAGCCAAGAUCACUGGAUGUAGUGGAUCACGAUCAAGCAUCUGUCCAGAUCGUUGUUUCCGACUGCGGGGUUUCGCCCCACGCGACCUCCAACCGCAAGCGAACGGACUCGGCCACCCUGUCGGACAGAAUCCGGCGCAAAUCGAGGAUUGGCAGCGUCAUUCGGGCGCAGAACGAGCUACACCGCGACAACUUCGUCUUGCCUCCACACUCGCUUGCAAGUAACCUCGUCGACCUCUUCUUUGAGCAUGCCUUCCCGCUCUUUCCCUUUGUGCACGAACCGACUUUCCGUAAGCGGUUCACUGCGGCAUACGGAAACAACAGCGAGGCUCUCGAUAUUCCAUGGCAGUCGACGCUUAAUCUAGUGUUCGCCUUUGGCUGCGACUACCUACCUCUCCCGCUUCAGGAGAUAUACGAGCUGUCGCAAACCUUUCACCGCCGUGGAGCCGAACUGAUACUCUCUCUAUGUUUCGACACCAGCACUCUAGAUGUGAUCCAGGCCCUACUUCUCCUCUCUGCUCAUCUACAGAGUAACAUGCAGUUCAACCGUUUCUGGUCGAGUAUGGGCUGUAUCCUGCGUUCGGCUCUGGGCUUGGGCUUCCAUAUCGACCCCGUAGACUGGGAGAUUGGGCCCGUCGAGAAGGAGAUGCGAAGGCGUCUCUGGUGGGGCAUGUACUCGCUUGACCGUUUUGUCAGCUUGAAGCACGGUCGACCGCCAGCAGUUACCUCGGAAACGCUCCCAGUCAGCCCUCCGGCAACCGUACACGAUGACUGCAUCACAGACGCGGGCAUCUCCGACGUGCAGACCAGCGACACUCCGUCUCCGAUCCACCAUUUCAAUGCGGUAGUGCAGCUAGCUCACAUCGCAGAGACAAUGCUUGCAUACAUGCUGAAAGACGCACCCUGGUGCCUACCCGGAUAUGGGGCAAGCCCAACACGAGAACUGGAUCCCAUACGUCUAAACAUCCAGAUUGGGCUUGCAGUCGAGCAAGAAGGAAAGCUGUCCAUGUGGCUUUCGGGUCUCCCUGACCAUCUCCGGUUUAGCGCAGAGACCACCGACAAGAAGGUGAAGAGGCAGCAGAUGAUGCUUCGAGUCAGAUAUCUCCAUAUCCGGCUGAUGAGCCACAGACCAAACCUGCUCUCUGUCAUUCAAGUUGGUCGUGGCAAGACAACUGUGUUGGACGAUGACUACCUCAAGUCCGUCACUAUGGCAAGCGUUCGCCAGUGUGUUGACUGCGCUUGUGAUAUCGUUGCUAUGCUGAAAGACACAAAUGGCCCAGAAGACAUGGGGGCUUGGUGGUACCAUCUACCACACCUUUACACUGCCUUAGGCACGCUCUUCGCCGUGCGGGGGCAAGAGAUACUUUCAACAUAUAUCGACUGCGGAGCGGCAGACUCAGCUGUCGACGCGGCUCUGGACUACCUCGAUCAACUGGGCGACGUCAGCCCUGCUGUAGCAAGAUGUCGGAAAUAUUUUCAGUCACUCAGAGCCUGGUCGGAGAAAAGGCGGUCCCCUCCCAAUACAUCCAUUUUACGUGAUAUGCAGGUUCCAGCCUCCAUGCGGGCGGCUGCGAACACGGGGGAAGCCGGAAGCGGCGCCGACGCUGAAACUGGCUUCGACCCCAACCAUGAUUUGGUCGGAGAUUUUGGGGAUUUCUUUGGUGAUCCUACUUCGGAUCUGUUUCUGGAUUCGCUACCUCCCGAUUUGUUUUUCGACAUCUAGGCUGGAAACAUGUAAUUACG